ACAAUCCAUCUGCAAGUGAUGAGGCUUUGAGCGAGUUGGCCCGCUUCCUGAAGGUUGAGGCCAGACAAGAUGUGAAGGCUGCUGCUCUGCAGCAUGUUCUUGGUCUGACCGGCUCGGACGCCGGCUGCCGGCAGCUGAUGGCCGCGCCCGAACUGCUGUCGCGCCUGAAGCAGCUGAUGGCCGACGAGGCGUCGGCGGCGGCCGGCCGGGACGCGAGUCUGGCGCUGCUCAGCCUGUCGGGCCGGGCGGCGGCCGCGCAGCCUCUGCUGGCGGCGCCCGGGCCCGACACGGCCGCGCUGCUGCUGCGGCUGGCGGCGCGGCCCGGCGCACUGGCCGACCCCUGCUGCAUGACGCUGUCGAACCUUAGCCGCGCGCCGGCGCCGUGCCGCGAGCUGUGGCGCCGCCUGGAGGAGGGCCCUGUCACCGUGGACGACCUGGUGACGGCCCUCUGCCAGCGCGACUACAACACGGCCGGGUGUCACCUGAACUACCUGGGGCCGCUGCUGUCCAACCUCACCCAGCUGCCCGAGGCCCGCCGGUACAUGCUGAGCAGGGAUCGAGUGCUGUUUCAGCGCGCCUUGCCCUUCACAGAGUACAAGGAGUCACUGGUACGGCGAGGAGGCGUCGUCGGCGCCAUCAAGAACUGCUGCUUCGAAACAGAGAGCCACCUGUGGCUGCUGGGUGACGAGGUGGACCUGCUGCCGCGGCUGCUGCUGCCGCCGCUGACCGGCCCGGAGCCGUACGACGACGAGGACAUGGAACAGCUGCCCGUCGACUUGCAGUACAUGGACGAGAGCAAGACGCGGGAGCCCGACGUCGACAUACGCCGCAUCCUCCUCGAGGCCAUGACACAGCUGUGCGCGACGACAGACUCGCGCGAGCUGGUCAGCAAGGGUGCCUACCUGAUCCUGCGCGAGUACCACAAGUGGGAGACAGACGAGGAGGCGUUGCGGCUCUGUGAGGAGUUGGUCAACAUCCUCAUCAAGACGGAGCCCGAGAUCGGCGUGGACAACCUCAAGGCGGUGGACAUCCCCAGCGACGUGGCCGCCCGGCUGGACCAGGUCACGUGACCACACAGGCCGCACGGACGCCUUCUUUUCAAUAUAUUUACAACAACUUGGA